CUUGGCAUUAGUGUGAAUUGGAAAGACAUCGACCCGCGUUCGUAACUUAAACGUAUCACUAUUUUUUUUAAGAAAUAUCCUUCAGACAAGAGUUUAAUAUCAUGAAAGUUUUAUUAGUUUUGGCGCUUUUGAUCGCGGCUGCUACGGCGAUGCCGCAAUUCGGUGGCUUUGGCGGUCGUCCAGGAGGCUUUGGAGGCUUUGGCGGUCCAGGUGGCUAUGGAGGCUUUGGCUUUCCAGGUGGCUUUGGAGGCUUUGGCGGUCGACCAGGAGGCUUUGGCGGUGGCCCAGGAGGCUUUGGUGGUGUUCCAGGAGGCUUUGGCGGUGGUUAUGGUGGUCCGGGCUUUGGUGGGCUUGCGUUCGGUCGCUAAGUGCUGCCAGCGAGGCGAACGUAGUUUAAAAAAUUAUUUGUUAACUAAUUUAGAUAAGAUGUAAGGUGUAUGCCUAAGUGUUGCGCUGGUGUAAAAGUGCCAUUUCUUUUUUAUACUAUUUUCAAUAAAAGUUA